AUGGACUCGAAGGACCGCAAGGAGCCCACUGCGGUGGCCGCCACAGAUGGAUCUCCUUCGCAAGGGGAGAUCUACAUUGACCCAGACAAGGAAAGAGCAGCCCUGCGCAAGUUCGACAAAUGGCUUGUCCCAGUUGCAUUCAUAUUCCUUGUCCUCUCCUCCCUGGACCGAAACAACAUAGGUAAUGCGCGGACCUUCGGCUUCGAGGAGGACUUGGGACUGGAAGGGAACAAGUUCGGAAACAUCACGACUCUCCUGAGCGUCACUCUCGUUCUCUUUGAAGUGCCCUGGGUCAUGGCCAUCAAGCGCUUCGGACCCAACCGAGCACUAGGUACUGCCCUCGUCUUGUGGAGCUUUGUCACACUGGGUACGGCGUUCAUACAGAACUAUGGGCAGGCUAUUGCAGUCCGCAUGCUUCUCGGUGCCUGUGAGGCCGGUGUCUCCCCGGGGUUUUCGUACCUGUUUUCCACGAUAUACCCCCGCGAAGCCGCGGGGAAGCGCAUCAUGAUGACCAACCUUGCGAACUGUACCUCUGGCGCCUUUGGGGGCCUUUUUGCUUAUGCAGUCCAAACAAUGGGCACGCGGAGAGGCCUUGAGCCGUGGAGAUGGCUGUUCAUUGUCGAAUUCUGCCUUACUGCUGUUGUUGGGGGUGUCUGCUGGGUCAUCCUACCGACGUCACCGGAGACGGCGUGGUUUCUUAGCCCAGAGGAGCAGGAGACGAUGCAUCUGAGAAAGAAGCGAGAGAUCCUCUAUAGAGGAGAGGGGGAGUCGAACCUUCAGUGGCUGAAGCCCUCGUUCACGGAUCCAUUUAUCUAUCUUGUUGGUCUUGCUUUCUUUACCUCGUCGGUUGCUAUCACGGGGUUUGGGGUGUUUCUGCCUUCGAUUAUACAGGGACUUGGAUACGCCUCUCUCCAGGUCCAAUACAUGACCAUCCCCGUCUACGUACUUGGUGCCAUAUGCCUAGUAACGAACUGCUACCUCUCCGACCGCUGGAAGCGUCGAGCGCCAUUCCUCGUUGGAUGCACUUUCCCCGUCAUGAUAGGGUACUUGGUAUGUGUGGGCACUUCGAAUCCUCAUGCUGGGUAUGCAGGGAUGUUUAUUCUUGUGAUGGGAGUAUAUACCAUUUCCACCCUGGUUGUAGCCUGGGUAGGGACAAACAUGACUCCUGAUGGUAAACGGGCAGUGGCAAUGCCGUACGCAUACUCCAUCGCCAAUUUAUCCUCACUUGUCUCGGCCCAACUCUAUCCUAGCCACCAAGGACCGCGUUACAUCCAGGGCAAUGCAAUCUCCGCCGGCUUGGAUGUGGUUGCUGCGGGCCUCUACUUCGCGUGUUGGAUGCUCCUUAGACGGCGGAAUCUGAAGAAGGAUAAAUUGCUUGCAGAGGGCGCUACGACCAAUGGGUAUGAGGAUGAUAGGGGGCUUCACUUUAAGUAUAUGAUUUAA